AAUUUAGAUAUGGAUUCCACGGUUAUUAGAAAUAUGAAAGAUUUUCAAGUUCUAUUCAAUCAAAUGUCUGAAACAUGCUUUAAAACAUGUGUAAGUACAUUUAUUUCAAGGGAUAUUACUAUUGAAGAGGCUCAAUGUGUAGAAAAUUGUUCAGGUAAACAUAUUCAUGCUAAUCAUAAAAUAAUGGAAAUAUUUAUGGAAGUACAGCCUGUUAUUGCUCGUAAGAAUAUGGAGGAAUUACAAAAGACUCAAGCAGCAUUGGAAAUAACACAAGAACAACAAAGUUUGGUGAACACUACCUAA